ACAAACUCCGUCUGAAAAAUAGUCGGAACUAAUCUGGGAGGCGGUGUAUUACGAAAUUUUUGGUUUAUUAAACUAUAUACAUUUUUUUCUACUUGUAUUGGUAAGUAUAUUAAAUAGUUAACAUUUAUCAACGUUCAUGUACAGUCAAGAGUCAUUCUAUCUUGGACCUGAGACAAAAAAUAUCAGUAUUAGAUAGUCACGAAUAUAUACUUUUGAAUAUAACCUUAUCGAUUACAAUCAUCAUAGAAUUCUAUCAAAAUGUAGACUGUUUCUUUCAAUUGCAGUCUGCUAGCAAUUCCUUUAAUAAUUGCUUUCAGAUUUCUUGACAAAUUGUAAAAUAUAUCGGUCAAAUUAUUCUAUAUAAACAAACAGUUUUUCCUUAUGUUUAUACUUAUGGAAAGAUAAAUUUUUUUUAAAAUGCUAUUUAGUUUAUCUAAAGUGAAUAACGAUACGAAAUUUGUAUUAAACUUAUAGGAAAAUUUGAUAAAAUACUCAAUAUUGUGUAAAUUUUUUUGUUUAUCACGAGGUUCGAUCAGAAAGAAACUCAAUAGAAUCUUAUCGCGUAAUCUUAUAAUUUCAGUAAUAAAUAAGCAUUUUUCAGAUGAGCUAUGAAGAGUAUUAAGAUAAAGAAACCAGAUGAACCAAAUGCAAAGCCUUCCUAUACUGUAGUGAACGACUCAGCCCCCAUUUUAGGCGAACAUGACUUACGAGUUAGAAUAGAGGCCUCCUGUCCCAGUAUUCCACCAACAAGCAUUCUUCAUACUCUAUAUAACAAGAGGAACAUGAAUAGCAUCCCUUUAGGAGGAGAAUUUGUGGGAAAGAUUACACAAAUAGGAUUGGACGUCAAGAGAUUUAAAGUAGGCGAUAGAGUUGCUGGAAGUCUUUCAAUGUUAAAUGAAACUUAUUCUGUAUGCUCUAAUGUCAUUGCCACAUCAGAAUACGAAGUAGCAAAAUUAGACUACACAAUUAACCCUGGAAAAUUUGUAGCCACUUUAUCGGAGGGCUUACGGGCUUAUGUUGCACUUCAUGUGUUAGGAAAUGUUAAGAGAGAUAACUCAAUUCUUAUAUUUGAUGGGAUACGGCAGCCCAACCUUGCUUGUUCAGUUAUUGCCAAGAAAUUAGGCCUUCAAGUAUUCGUAACCACACGUGAUUCAGAGGAGACUGAAAAGGCAAUAAAAUAUGCGCUGCAGUCCAUCGAAUCUUCAAAGCUUUCCGAUGUUUCGGGUAAAAUUAUAGAAGAAACCGGUGAAAUAGGAGUUGAUGUAGUUAUCGAUAAUGGUGUGGACGUUUUCGGCAACAAAGACAAAAGACUACCAGAGAAGAUUGACAUCAUCCGUUGCUUAGGAUUAAAUGGACGAUGGAUUACAAGACAACACGAUUUGCAACUCGAUCCACCCGAUAGUUCCCUACUUUAUAUGAAGGCAGCAUCAAUCUCAUACAUACCACCUUCUUCCUUAUCAUCUCUAUCUGCUAAUAAAGGAACUCAACUGCACAUUUUUGAUGAAAUAAUUAGCCUCUAUCAAGACGGUUCUGUCGAGGCAAGCAUAAUGAAAACUGUAAGUUGGAAAGAUGCAUUAGAAUUUUUCUCUAACGACGAUCCUUUUGAAAGAUUUGAGAAUGUUGUUUUUGUAUCUGAAUAAAGUAAUUUAAAUCGAAUAAAAGAACAACUCAUAGGGAAUAAUCUGUAUAUUAGUGUCUAAUGUCGUACAUAUUUCCUCCCAAUUGUUCAUUUAAAAGAAUAAUAAAAAGGAGCGAGAAGAUACUAGCGUUAUUGAUUUAUACUCUAAGAUAAGCUUUAGUGAAAUUUUACCGCAAUUUGUAAACUUUUCAGUUAGGAAAACUUUAAACUUUAGCAGCAUACCUCCUUUACAAUAUGACAUGGAUUGUGGUAGAAUUUUCUGACUUUUAUUCUUCUGUUAACUGAUUACAUUAAUUUUUCUGUGACGUGUGUUUGUCAUAACACGUUAAAUAUUCGCUUUCACUGGCAAAUGCUCUUAGCAUAUCAUUUAUAAAUCUUUACUUAAGAAUUAAAAUAGACAAUAAAAC